UAUAAUAUUAUGACCAUUAUUUUUAAUGGAAAAUGAUUGAAAGUGAAAAUUUAAACCAAGAAGAAAUAAUUAAAGAACUGUGUUUGUGCAAUGGUUUAUCAUAUGAGAUGGUUGUACGGGAAGAUUCAGACACUUCAAAACUGGAGAUGUUUUUCUCAGGUUAUCCUCGUAUAGUUGGAUUAUCCUUGUUUCCUAAGUUAGUAAGUCUUACAAUUGUUGCUCAAGAUAUUAAAGAAAUUUCAGGGUUAGAGACUUGCGUACAACUUAAAGAACUUUGGAUUGCUGAGUGCUGCAUAGAGAAAAUUGGAGGUCUUCAAGACUGUAGAAAUCUGGAAAAACUGUAUUUAUAUUAUAAUAAAAUUUCCAAAAUAGAAAAUUUAGAGAAAUUAAUCAGAUUGCAGGUUCUUUGGCUAAACCACAAUACAAUUAAAAAUAUUGAGGGCUUACAGACUUUGAAGAAUUUAAAUGAUCUCAACCUUGCUGGAAAUCUAAUAAGCAGCAUUGGCCGAUGUCUUGACCCCAAUGAACAACUGGAAAGAUUGAACCUUUCUGGUAACCAAAUAUGCUCUUUCAAGGACCUUACUAAUUUAACCAGGCUGCGUUGCUUAAAGGAUUUGUGUCUGAAUGAUCCUCAGUAUAAAGCUAAUCCAGUUUGUUUGCUGUGUAAUUAUUCUACGCAUGUAUUGUAUCACUUGCCUUGCCUUCAAAGACUAGACACGUUUGAUGUAUCAGCAAAGCAAAUCAAGGGCCUGGCAGAUACCACAGCAAUGAAAAAAAUAAUGUAUUACCAUAUGCGUAUAAAAACAGUUCAGAGGCAUCUUAAUGAAGACCUUGAAAGACUGAAUGACCGAAAAUGCAAAUUACAGAAAUUGCCAGAAGAACGAAUAAAAUUAAUCAGUUUUGCGAAAAAAAAUUUGGAACGAGAAUUGUCUGAACAAAAGAAAUCUGGCAGAGGACACAGUGUUAGAUCCAGUAACAAUAAAGUAACUGAGCUUGAAAAAUCGAAGAUUUGUGAAACUGUCACAGAAGAACCAACUUUUCAGCAGAAGAUAUUGACCAAACUAAAUGCUUUGAACGAAAGGGUAACAUUCUGGAACAAAAAACUAGAUGAAAUUGAAACAAUUUAUCGCCUUGAAGUAAAGCAAAAGAAGAAAGCUCAUGGCUUACUGAUCCCAUUUUUGUUAAUUGAAUUGGAGACGGUGGGGAAUAUCCAUUUUGAAGAAGGCACUCAAUCUGAUGACUGGUUUAAUUCCUGCUAUGAAUUAAUUUUGUCACGUUUUUGUUCAUGGGACUUCAGAACAUAUGGCAUUACUGGAGUAAAAGUAAAACGUGUUAUUAAAGUUAACAACCGUAUUUUGAGACUCAAAUUUGAAGAGAAAUUUCAAAAGUUUUUGGAAAAUGAAGAUAUACAUGAUUCAGAGCACUAUCGAAAGAUGCUGGAAUGCCUUUUUUAUGUUUUUGAUCCUGAGGUUACAGUGAAAAAAAAGCAUCUGCUACAAAUACUUGAGAAAGGAUUCAAAGAGAGUGAAACAAGCAAGCUGCCUCUCAGAAAAGAAGCUGUUAUUCUUGCUAACAGCUUAAGUAUAUGUGAGUGUCCCAGAAUUGAAUUUCUACAGCGAAAGUAUAAGGAUGAGAAGAAAAACUCUCUGGAACAUGAGCUUUUCAGACAUGGCAUCCUCCUCAUUACAAAGGUUUUCCUUGGCCAAACCGUUCAAGCUCGUGAACAAGAUUCCAUCAAUCAAGACAACUAUCCAAUGGUUAAUUCAGUAUUCGUUCCACGGAAAUAUUUACUAAAUUCUAUCAUAGGACAAAGAAACUGUGAUUGCAGCGUUCGGCAGUGCAAGUGGUUUGUCUUUGAUCAUGACCUUGUUUUGCCAGAAUACGUCGUUGAAUUUGAAUAUAUUACAGUGGUCAAGGCUCACUCUUUAUUUUCUUCAUUCAACAAUGUUAUUCUAGAAGAAAGCAAAAAAAAUUCAGAUAUAUCAUUAUUGUCCCAGGAUUUGAAAUUUGAUGAUGAAGUUAUGAAAAUGGAGCCUAGGAUCAAGCCUCGACCAAAACUUAUUUCUUUGGAUGAUAAAACAAUUCUUUCCCUUGCCAAGACUACCAUUUACAGUCAUAUUGUGAGUCUGAAUCUACAUGGGAACAGCUUGAGUAAAUUGAGAGAUCUCUCCAAGUUAACAGGACUUCGAAAACUGAAUAUUAGCUUUAAUGAAUUUACUUGUUUAGAUGAUGUAUACUACUUGUAUAACCUUGAAUAUUUGGAUGCAAGUCAUAACCAUGUGAUAACACUGGAGGGAUUUAGAGGUCUGAUGAAACUAAAGCACUUAGACUUGAGCUGGAAUCAACUGAAGAAAUCUGGUGAUGAAAUAAAUAUCUUAAGCAAACACACAGCAAACCUUCUCACUCUUGAUAUUCAACAUAAUCCAUGGCAAAAGCCAGCCACAUUGAGGCUAAGUGUUAUUGGCAGAUUAAAGACUCUUACACAUUUAGAUGGAAUCCUCAUUUCUGAAGAAGAAGUAACAGCAGCAAUGAAAUUUAUUACUGGAACAAGGAUUACUCAGUUAUCUCUCUUACGGAAUUCUAGUACUAAAGAGGAGAGACCACGGAUACUUAGUAUAUGGCCUUCUGCCAAAAUUCUGACACAGAUCUUAAAGUUAGGACCACACUUACAUCUGACUGGAAACUGGUACUUGAAGAUAACUGCCUUAAAUUUAGAUGGACAAAAUCUCUUCGAAAUCACAAAUUUAGAAAAAUUGGAAAAUUUGAAAUGGGCAUCAUUCAGCAAUAAUAACCUCACUAAAAUGGAAGGGUUGGAAUCUUGUGUUAAUUUGGAAGAACUCACCUUAGAUGGAAACUGCAUCUCAAAGAUAGAAGGGAUUUCCAAGCUGACCAAAUUAACCAGACUCAGCAUAAAUAAUAAUCUUCUUACUGGUUUGGAAAAGCAUACUUUUGAUAACAUGCUUCAUCUUCACUCCCUUUCUCUUGAGAACAACAGAAUCACUUCAUUGAGUGGUUUACAAAAAAUUUUUACUCUAGUUGAAUUAUACACAAGCAAUAACUAUAUUGCUGUCAACCAGGAAAUCUACAAUUUAAAGGGUUUAUGUAACUUGGUCAUUCUAGACAUGUACGGAAACAUUAUUGUAUGGAAUCAAGAAAACUACCGCUUGUUUGUCAUAUUUCAUCUUCCAGAACUAAAAGCUUUGGAUGGAAUCUCAAUCGAACCACCAGAGACUGAGAAUGCAAAAGAUUUGUUUGGUGGCAGACUGACUUCUGACAUGAUUGCAGAACGACAAGGACACUGCAAUUUUACUCAAAUGAAAGAACUAAAUUGGACUUCAUCAUCUAUCAGAACUGUGGAUUUGAUUCCAGUUGACCAGUUUAGAAAUGUGUGUAAUGUGAAUCUACAGAAUAAUAAUCUUACCUCAUUCAGUGGAUUAAUCUAUCUGCCUAAUGUGAAGGUCUUAUGUCUGAACUAUAAUCAUAUUGAAUCAAUAAUACCCAGAGUAAAGCCUCAGACUCAUUUAAGCAACAGACAGCUACUCUACCAGAAAGUGCCUUCAAGUGGCUAUGGACAGCAAGGGACUUCCAAAACAAACAGAGAUACAACGUUCAAUGAAAAUUUGCCUCCAAUAAUGCACAGUUUAGAAGUGCUUCAUUUGGGCUACAAUGGAAUUUGUAAUUUAAUCCAGCUACAACUUAACAGACUAAGAAAUUUAAAAUUCCUCUUUCUACAGGGGAAUGAAAUCAGUCAAGUUGAAGGGCUUGACAACUUAGUUGUCCUUCAGGAAUUGGUAGUGGACCAUAACCGCAUCAGAACAUUUAAUGACAGUGCUUUUGCCAAACCAAGUUCUUUGCUGGCGCUUCACCUGGAGGAAAAUAGACUACGAGAGCUGAAUAAACUACAUCCUUUGGUAAAACUAGAGAAACUAUUCCUAGGAUAUAAUAAAAUUCAGGAUAUUACAGAACUGGAAAAACUUGAUGUUAUCACUUCUCUCAGAGAGCUUACAGUUUAUGGCAACCCAAUUUGUAGAAAAAUGCUACAUCGCCAUGUGCUCAUAUUUCGACUGCCUAACUUACAGAUAUUAGAUGGAAUUCCUGUGAAUUCAGAUGAUAGGGCAAAAGCUGAAUUUCACUUUUCUGAACUACAAGCAAAGAAAAAUUCGGUUAUUCCUGUUACCAACUGUCCUAUAGAUGGUGGAUCACUCGGCCCAGUGAAAGCUCCUCCCAUAAAGAUAACAAAUGUAAUUCUACCUGGUGGAUUUAGCUACUUGGGACCUGACUUCACUUUAACUACCAACAUUGAAGACAAAAAAAACAAGAAUGCUGGGAUUCUGGCAAAUAAUCCUCGGAGCAUCCAUGCAGAAAUAGCUUUUCGGCAACUCAAAGGGAUAAAUGUCUCUCCAUCUCUUUUAUCACAUCAGAAUAUUGUAUCUCCAACUGCACACAUCUACCACAGCAACCAAGAUGAGGGACGAAUUCCUGGGAGCAACCUUCCAAGAUCAAAUCGCAUGUAACCACCUAAAGAGAAAUGAGCAUACACCAGGAAACUUUUUUCUGUUUAAUAGUUGUCCAAAAAUGAGUAGAUACUGGUCAGUGAAAGAAAAAAGAAAGAUAAUCAUGUUACUUACGUUAUUGAAGCACAUCGGUUCCAUAUGAAGAUAAUAUAUCACCUUUCAUGAACUUGAUUUAAUAUCACCUCUCUUAAAACUUUC